CAAUCUGGGCUCCUCCCACUGUCAGUGGCAGAUCAGGUCAAUUGUUUCCCAGCUGAUAUUUCUAAAUUUUCACGCAGUUCGUGUCUGCAUCGACACAACAUGUUUCUCUUUACAAUGUUUUCAGCAACCACCUGGACUUUGCUGGCUCUGUGUCUCUCCCUGUUACUGCUGUAUGGCAUUUGGCCAUAUAGGUUUUUCAAAAAGCAAGGAAUACCCGGACCAAUGCCUCUGCCUUUUGUUGGAACACUGUUAAGCCUUGGAAAGGGAUUCCUUCGUUUUGACUGGGAGUGCCAUGCGAAGUACGGCGAUAUCUGGGGGUUGUUUGAUGCACGAGCGCCCAUUCUAAUGGUGGCAGACCCUGAGAUGAUUAAAACAGUGCUCGUGAAAGAGUGCUACUCCGUGUUUACCAACCGGAGGGAUAAUGUAAUGGAGGCAUUUAGCGAUGCAAUUACAGUAGUCAAAGAUGAAAGAUGGAGAAGAAUUCGUAGCACGUUGUCACCAUGCUUCACCAGUGGAAAACUGAAACAGGUUUAUCCCAUCAUUGCUCGGUAUGCAGACCGGCUUGUUGAAAAACUUGGAACAACAAAUUUGGAUGAACCCGUCGAUGUCAAACAAUUUAUGGGACCUUACAGUUUGGAUGUUGUGACCAGUGCGUCUUUCAGUGUUGAAGCAAACUCUAUAAACAAUCCUGAUGACCCAAAUACUGUUAAUAUCAAGGAGCUCCUUAAUUUCCGAUUUUGGAUUGUUUUUUUACUAAUGAUAUUUCCCUUUGGGGCCCGUCUGCUGGAGCUCCUGCAUAUCAGCAUAGUGUCCAAACCCAGCUUGGAAUAUUUCCACAACAUCAUCUUGAGAUUUAAAGACCAGCAUCGUGCAGAUGAAUCUAUUCAAGCCGACUUCCUGCAGGUGAUGAUUCAGAACGAGAUACCAGAAUCAGACAUAAAGAGUGAACAAGAUCAGCCAAGUAAAGGUUUGACUGAACACGAGAUCCUUUCCCAGGCUGUGGUUUUCAUCUUUGGUGGGUAUGAGACCACCAGUGUCACUCUCACGUACAUCCUUUACAACCUGGCGACCAACCCUGAGGCGAUGCAGACCUUGCAUGAAGAAAUUGAUGCCAGACUACCGAGAGAUGCUCCCAUUUCAUACGAGGAUCUGGCCGGUCUACAGUACCUUGACCAGGUUCUUUGUGAGUCACAGCGUUUGAUACCCACUGCUCCUCGGCUUGAGAGGAUGUGCAAAAAAACUGUCCAGGUCGGCGGCAUCACCAUCCCAGAAGGAACCCUGGUUGGGAUUCCUGUGCACGUUUUACACAAGGACCCACGCUUUUGGAGCUCACCUGGGCUUUUCAAACCAGAGAGGUUCAGUAAAGAUAGCGGAGAGGAGGUGAACCCGUAUGCGUACAUGCCGUUUGGGCUCGGCCCUCGUAACUGCAUUGGGAUGCGCUUUGCUAUCCUCGUCAUGAAGGUGGUUAUUGUUCGUCUCCUGCAGAGUUACACUUUGGAAACAUGCAAAGAGACCAUGAUUCCGUUGGAGUUUGACUGGAAGCUGCAGCCAACAAAACCAAUAAAACUCAAGUUUGUUCCCAGACAACAGUAGUCUAAGAGGGAGAAAAUACACCUUGCUUCUGAAUCAAAAGCAAACGCAAGCUUAAAUAACGUGUAUACUACUGCAACUCAUAUACUCAGCACUUGAUUAACUGUGCCUCAAACUGGGCAAAUUUUAAUGUUCUAUAAUAUCUUAUCUUUUUAUGGUUCAGUUCCUACAGAACCUUCACAACUCAAACAUAUUACAUUUUUGUAAGAGGCGGAUUAGAGAACGUACAAUAAAUUCAUCCGAGCAUCA